UUGUUUAGUUCGAGUUGAAAUUUGGUGAGAUAAAGAAUUAACUGAAACAAGUUCCAUAAAAAAUUAUUAAAAUGAGCUGCCCAGUCGGUAAUUCUAAUGGACAAAAUGCCGAUGGUCAAGAAGGCGAGCAUCUUGGUGCUGAUGUCGGAAUGCUUUACGGUGAAUAUUUGAUGCUAGAUAAGGUCCUGUCAUCACAAAGAAUGUUAUCGGCUAAUAGUGAUCAUCCAGUUCAUGAUGAGCAUCUGUUUAUUGUGACUCAUCAAGCAUAUGAGCUUUGGUUCAAACAAAUCAUUUUUGAAGUUGAUUCAAUUCGUGAUCUUUUUAAUCAGGAAAACAUCGAAGAAUCUAAUACGCUGGAGAUUUUGAAACGAUUAAACCGGAUCACACUCAUUCUAAACCUUCUUGUUGAUCAAGUUCCAAUUUUGGAGACGAUGACACCUCUGGACUUUAUGGAUUUUCGCGAUUAUUUAUCUCCGGCAAGUGGAUUUCAAAGCUUGCAAUUUCGAUUGUUGGAAAAUAAACUGGGAGUGAAAACCGAACAUCGUGUUCGAUACAAUCAAAGUUACUCUCAUGUCUUUGGAACUGAUAGCGAGGCCAUAGAAGCAUUACAAAAGUCUGAACAAGAUCCCUCCUUGAGUAAUUUGGUUCAAAAAUGGCUUGAAAGAACUCCAGGCUUAGAACAUGACGGAUUUGAUUUUUGGGGAAAAUUUAAAGAAAGAGUUGACAAAUUGCUAAAUGAAAAAGAAGAACAAGCAAGUUCUGAACCAACUGAAUUUGUCAAAAAUUAUCGUUUAAUGGAUAUUCAAAAGCGCAGAGAUGUUUAUAAGACCGUAUUUGAUCCAAAAGUACAUGAAGCAUUAGUAGCACGUGGAGAAAGACGAUUUACGUAUAAAGCACUUCAAGGGGCUAUGAUGAUUAGUUUCUAUCGUGAUGAACCACGCUUUUCGCAACCACAUCAAAUUCUUAUGCUUUUAAUGGACAUCGAUUCUUUAAUUACCAAAUGGAGAUAUAAUCAUGUCAUUAUGGUUCAACGAAUGAUUGGUUCGCAACAAUUAGGAACUGGUGGAUCUUCAGGAUAUCAAUAUCUUCGUUCAACUUUAAGCGACCGAUAUAAAGUUUUCAUCGAUUUAUUUAAUUUGUCAACAUUCUUAAUUCCUCGACAUUACAUUCCUGAAUUGUCGCUAGAAAUGAAACAUGUUUUGACUCAUUCUAAAGAAAAGUUGCAUCAAAAAGAAUGCUGUAAAGAUGGACAUAAUGGAACACCGUCUAAUGGUACAGUUUGAAUUUGUGGUUUCAUGAAUGACUUAAUUACUUUGAUUACAUUUAAUUGACACUUACUUUUCUAGUUUGUAAUGCGUAAGAUUUUACAAACUUAAAUUUAAUAACUUUAAAUAAAAUCGCAUUUCAAGCAAUUCAAUUAAAAUCAAC